AUGAUGAUAGACACACAAUAUACAAUUGUUUCACUAAGAGAAUUAAAUACCAAACUUACAGUUGAGAUUAGCGAACUUAGAAAGAAGUAUGCUGAGCUUGAAGCUAAGAAUAUCAAAGUCGAAGCUGAGAAUGCAAAAUUAAAACAAGACAAAGAAGAGGUUGAAGCCAGAUUCUUGAAUCUAGAGCAGAGAGAUAGGGAAAAAACUGACCUUAUUGCUAAACUGAAACAUAAUGAUAACUGUUUUUCUAUACCCCUUAAAACAAAUCAUAAUCAUGAAGACACCCCUGCAUUUGAUAUAACUGAUGAUACUCCAAAUUUCAAUAUAUGUCAAGAGACAAAGACUCAGCUGAAGGUUGGUUCAUGUCAAUGCUUCAUAUCAUCAAUUCGUAUAGAAAACAAAUCUUCAGAGGAUAAAGUAAUCGAUGAAUUUCUAGACCUAAAAGAAAAGGAAAGGGUUAGUAAUAUAAUAAGAGAGAAAAAUAGAGAAAAGAAGCUUGGAUCUCAAGAUCCUUUAUCAUAUGAUAAAGAUAUUUCACAAUUUAGUAAAAAUAAAGUACAGAAAUUCAUGACAGAAGUUUCUAAAAACUCUAUUUCAUCUAUUAAUAAUAGUAAUGCAGACAAUGAUGUGAUAUCUACAACUCUGAAUGAAACAGAUGAGUCAAAGACUCAAUGCUUCACAUCAUCUCAACCCAGCAAUAAUAGCUUCACAUUUUUAUAUGAAAAACUUUGUAAUGCUAUAAUUCUCGCUGACUGUAAAACCCAAGAAGCAAUCUUAUAUUAUUGUAAUUUUGGUAAAACUCUCAUUCAAAGACAUAAUGAAUUAGUAUCAGAAAAACAAGUUGAUCUGGAAUCUAAUGCAGUUAGUAGAAUUUUAAAUAAAGAAGUUCGUGCUCAGCUCCCUGCAAAUAUCUCUGACACACUUUUAUAG